GAGAAUUCCCUUUUACUAGUCUUAUCAGAGGAGCCGUCAGCCGUGUCUUCAAGAGAGAGCUGCACUGUCGUUUGUUUUCAGUGUGUUGUGUCUGUGAGGUUAUUUUCAAAGAUCCGUUACCAUCAUGAGGAUAUUUUACACUCUUUGUAUUGUGGUCACAUUGUUUUACCUUGUGUGGUCUUGUGAAAAGGAAACACAUUAUGAGAAGGAUGGCAAAUGCUGCAAGAAAUGUGGACCAGGGAAGAGGAUGUUGAUGAAUGAUGACUGUAUGGACCCGAGUUGUCAGGACUGUUCAGAAGGAGAAUAUCAAAACACAUACACAAGUGAGACCAAAUGCAAGCCCCAGCCCAGCUGUGACACCAAUUUAAAUUUUCUGCCACAAAUCACUCCCACUCCCAAGGACAAACUUAGUGUAUGCAAAUGCAAACCUGGAUACUUCUGUACCACAGACGAUGACUGCAGCGUUUGUAGGCCACACAAAGUCUGCAGCGCAGGACAGAAAAUCCAUAAAGCUGGUUCACCAGUUAGUGAUACAGCAUGUGAAAACUGUCAAAUCGGGACAUUUAGCGUCAACAAUUCGGCCACCACCUGUGAAAAAUGGACAACAUGUGAUUCUGGAUAUGUAGAGAAAACUCCAGGCACUUCAACAUCAGACAGGAUCUGUGAAAAGGGUACGCCCUCUGACAGAGCUGCCAUUUUGGGAGCAGUUUUUGGAGUUCUGUUGCUGAUAGUUACAGGAAUUGCUAUAAUGCUUUUUCUCAAAAAGAGAAAAAUCAACUUGACAUGGUUACAGAAUAAACUAAAAAGAACUCAACUAAAAGAAGACCCUUCAGUAGCUGAGCCAUUUAAUGCACAGCAGCCUGAGGAAGAUGUAGAAACCCCUGAACCUGUGAGCCCCACACCAAGUAAUGUUACGGAAAACGGGAAUGUUGUUGUGCAAGAGGAUGGCAAACAUUCGAUUGUUUCAAGUACUGAAACACGCCCAUUUUCAGAGAACAGCUACCUCUAAAAUCUGCUCCCAGUAUGCUACAAUCAAUAUAAAGAGCAUUACAUUACAAGCCUGCUUUAUUCUAAAUGUAGUACAAAUCUGCAUGUCACAAUAUUCACUAACAUUGCUUUUGGUUGUAAAUCUGAAGCGUUAAAGCUUAAACAGUAUCUUUGCAAACAUACAGCCGUUACGGUACAACCAGCAUCAUGUGACUGUUAUGAAAUGCAUGUAAGCAAAAUUACAUGAAGCAGUGUUAAUGUAGCUGAACUGGUGGAGCACGGCACUUAAAACACAAGGUUUAGGGUUUAACCCGGUAACAACAGUUGUAUAAUAUAUACAGUGAAUGCAUCUGUCUGGAUCUGUCAAAAUGUAAAAUAUGGGAGUAACACUAGUCAAGCGAGAAAAGGACAGAUGCGUGCUAAAGAAUGUUUAUGGUUUUGUGCUUCCCAGAAAAACCCAGAAGAAAUUUGACAAAAGCCUUUACUACAGUGCACAUGGUUAACAAUUGCUCCAUGUCACAACAACAUUAAUGCAAUGAAACAAAAACUACAUAAAAAAUAAAUUUCAAUACCAAUGUUAUUGUUUUUAUGUUUUUGGCGUUUCAUACUUGAAAAUUAUGAAGUACAAGACUAUGUGUAACUAGUUAAAGGUUUGCAUAUGUGUUUGUUUUUAUUUUGUAACUUUUUUAUUGUUUAUUUGCUGUAAGAUAGAUGUUGUAUCGGCUGCCUAUCUUUGUAGUAUGUUCUGUAAAUAUUUUACUGUACAUUUUUAUCUUUAUUUGUUAGAUGAACAUGCUUUUGUUUUGGAAAAAAAAAUUACAUAAUAAAUCAGUGAUAUGAAAACUU